AUGCAGGGAACUAAAGUCUCCUCAGUAGCCUACAACGCCGUCAUCAAUGAGUUUAAAUCGCUUCUUCUACCCUACAAGAGAUACUAUAUAUCAGGUGCAAUAGUUCGGCCAGAAAACCCAGUGUACCAAGUUGGCGAUUAUAAAUACAAUUGGCUAUUGCAAAUGGAUACUCUUGUGGAAGAGUUCACCGAACCUAUACCUCCACAACUGCCUUGCCAGAUUGAUAUUCAUCAAUUCAAAGACUUGCACAAAUUUGCAGACACCGAGAACUAUCGAAACAUCAUUGCAGUUGUUGUGCAUGCCUUCCCUGCCAAACACUUAGGGGACACCACAGCAAGGGACAUAGUUCUUAUCAAUCAAGAGAAAAAGCCCAUACUUCUAACCCUCUGGAAUGAGUUUGAGGCAGAAAAUGGACCACAGUUGUCAAGCAGCGUUGCCACAGGAAACAUCGUUCUUGCUAUGAUGGUCAGAGUUAGCACAUUCUACGGAAUUGCCACAAAAACUAUAACGUACCCCCAAACACAACAGUCAAAUGUCGCGGUUGCCAAGAAGAUUCUUCCGUUGAAGCAAGAAUUCAUGAGUUUUCAGGAUCUUGAAGCGGGUAGAGGAGCCGGAUCCCGGAGGGGGUUUGUAAAUGGAAAGCAGGACCCGACCCAGGCGGUGGCCUCCGGCAUAUUUCAGAUCACCACGGCGGUUUCCACUUUCCAGCGCCUCGUCAACGCCCUCGGGACGCCCAAGGACACGCCUGAGCUCCGUGAAAAGCUGCAUAAAACUCGGCUACAUAUAGGACAGUUGGUUAAGGAUACCUCAGCUAAACUUAAGCAAGCUAGUGAAACAGAUCAUCAUGCUGAAGUCAGUACAAACAAGAAAAUAACGGAUGCUAAACUCGCAAAAGAUUUUCAAUUGGUUCUAAAGGAGUUCCAGAAGGCACAGCGGAUCGCUGCUGAGAGGGAGACAUUGUAUACUCCUUUUUCCCCUCAAGCAGUACUUCCCUCUAGCUACACAGCUGGAGAAAUAGAUGCAAGUUCAGAUAAGACUCCAGAACAGCGCGCACUUCUUGUUGAAUCUAGAAGACAGGAGGUUUUGCUACUGGACAAUGAGAUUGCCUUCAAUGAGGCCGUUAUAGAAGAACGAGAGCAGGGAAUACAAGAGAUACAACAACAAAUUGGUGAAGUGAAUGAGAUUUUCAAGGAUCUUGCUGUACUUGUUCACGAGCAAGGAACUAUGAUAGAUGACAUUGGCUCCAAUAUUGAGGGCGCUCACGCUGCAACUGCUCAGGGAAAAUCUCAGUUGGUCAAAGCAGCUAAAACCCAGCGGUCAAAUUCAUCUCUGACGUGCUUACUACUUGUGAUCUUCGGCAUAGUUCUCCUGAUAGUGAUUAUAGUACUUGCUGCGAUAAGAGAUUUUUCUUUUCCCUCUUUUUCCGGUUCGCAAAAAACCUACGCCGGCGUCGUUUCUCUAAUCCUCCACCGUUCGGCCUUCCUUAGCGGCGGCGGACACGGGCCUGCGGUCGUCCUCAACUGCUCGGCCCAUCCCGGAAGCCGUCUCGUCUCCGAUGCUGCCGAAGGCUGA